AGAAAUUGGUCUAUUACGGUCAAGCUAUAUGAGUGGCCAACCUUCAGGCUGUUCGUCUAGUGCUUCUCAGCCGCUUGCAAAGAUGUCGUGGGUAACCUGGGUGCUGAUGUUGGCAGUCCUGUUGGCUGUGGGCCAGGCGGAUCCUGUCCCUCGUCCCGCGGGCGUCCUGCCGCUGGCGGCCGCGUCGGAGCUGAGCGCGCGGCUAGCGGCGCACGCGCAGCAUGUGCCGGCGCUGCCGGACCCGCGCUUGCCCAUACCCACUCCGCAGGACAUCGAGGUGAUUAAGAAGGUCGCUCAGAUUCUCAUCACGCUCGGACAACAGGUGAUACCCUCCAUCAUCGGAGACCCGUCCGCGCCCACUCUGAUGGCUAGCUGCGACCCUGAAGACGCGGUCGGCGAGGACAGCUCCUAGCAGUUGACGACCCUACAUCCUACUACGAUAACGACCAUUGAUUUGGAUCACUCUGGCUAUUCUGCACGCAUUUGCAAUGAAUGAAAUUCGGGAACAAAAAUAUAUUAUAUUAACAAAUAUUUUCUUCUAUGGAAUUUCCAUUUUUUGUUGAUAUUUCUUGGCACGUUUCUAAUUAAUUUCAAAUAAAUAUGUGAGAAUAAUUACGUAUAAUAAGUAGAUGUUGUAAACUGUAAAAAAAUAUUCGAAAAACAACGAGUGUUCAGUCUUACUGUUUUAUUCAUUGAAAAUGUGUCAUUACCAGAACAGUAUGUCAAACAUACCACAGUAUUAGUGUGUUUAUGAGUGUUAUGUUUAAAUGCUAGCAACUUUCGAUGUGUAAAUAUUUGAAUGUUAUAUAAAGGGUUUGCAAAUGA